AUGACUUUCCGCUUCACUUGGAUCUGCGAUUUACUCCAGGCCAUCGAGGACAUUGAAUGCCGCGACCCCCCUUACCUUCCCGACCGCAGGCGCGUGCUCGUGCGCACCACCAUUGAGCGCUGGUUUCGAUGCCAUCGCAAGGACAUUAACCAUCCCGAUACCGAUGGUGCCGCCAUCCUCUCUACCCUAUUCCCCCACACACGCACAGACCGUGUCUACAACAUCAAGGCGCCUAGGCUGGAGAAGCUUGUGGCCCGCUGUCUCAGUUACAGGGCCGAGAAGGUGAGGGAGCUGGGCGCCUGGAGACUGCCGGGCCGAGGAGAUCUUGGUGCAUGCCUCGAAAGAAUUGAAAGAAUCCACGAUAGCGAGCCACUACCUAGGGGCGAUGCCGUCACAGUCGAGGAGGUCGACUGCGGCCUUCGCGAUAUCGCCUCACAAGUUCGAUUCUCCAGCCCGGCUGUGCAAAACCAUGUCUCCGCAGACCUGCCGCAGAACAUUCUUGCCCAUAUCCUUCUGCGCAUCCACUCACGAGACAAGAAGUGGUUCGUCCGCUUGUUUCUCAAGGACUUUGGCCGCGUCGUCUUGGACGAGAAUCUCGUCCUCGGAGAGUUCCACUUCAUGCUCCCGCCCUUACUUAAAUUCCAGAACGACUUUGAUGCCGCCAUGAUGCUGCUCAAAGGACCGCUGGCUCGAUACCACGCCAAGCCGGACCCUUUGUCGCAGAAGCUCAUGCUUGAACAGGCAGCCCAACAUCUCAAGCCCAAGGUCGGCGUCAAGAUCGGCAGGCCUACUUGGUACAAGGCCCGAUCGAUGAAGAACUGCCUGGACAUGGUUGGCGAUGGCACCUGGGUUAUUGAGCGCAAGUACGACGGCGAGUUUUGCGAGGUGCAUGUGGACCUAGGCAAGAGCGAACCAAUACAGAUAUUUUCCAAGAACGGCAAAGACGCCACCAGGGACCGGAAAGACCUUCUUCCAGCAAUCAGGGAUAGCCUAAGGCUUGACACUGCCGAGUGCCAGUUCAACUCAAAAUGCAUCCUGCUUGGAGAGAUGGUCGUCUUCAACCAGCUUGAGAACGCAGUCGUGGAUUUUGACAAGAUCAGAAAGCAUGUCUCGAGGUCCGGCUCCUUUCUUGGUAUCGACAAAGACUCUCAGCCGCAUCCAUACGAGAAUCUCAUGAUAUUUUACUUUGACAUCCUUCUUUUGGACGACGAGGUAACCAUGGCGUUGCCCCAUACAAGGCGGCGAAAACGCCUCUCUGAUGUCGUUACAAAAAUCGAGGGCAGAGCAAAAACCGUCGAGUGGAAGCCCCUGGACUUCGCAGAACACAUUUCCAGAAAAAGCUUGCUUUUCCACUUCUCUGCCGCUCUGCUUUAUCGCUGCGAGGGUCUAGUCUUGAAGCCAAACGGCCCAUUCUUUUCGCUGGCACGGGACGAUACUGGCAGUUGGUGCCGGGGGUUUAUCAAGCUCAAGCAGGAUUAUAUGACUGAUAUGGGCGGUGCUAGAGACCAGGCAGACUUUGCAGUUGUAGCAGCCAGCUAUGACGUGCACGAGGCGCAGAAGUGCCGACAGACAAACCUAAAGUUCACGAAUCUCUACCUUGGAUGUCUGGUCGACGACGGUUCGUAUCGACUAAGACCCACGUUCAGAAUCGUCGCGAUCGUCACGGCAUCUCACUGUAUUCCGCCGAAGGAGCUGGAGUACCUCAACCAAAUUGGCCAAUUCCAUUGCAGAGAGUUCGACGAAGACGAUCCACUCCAACAAUUCGCAAUCCAAUGGGGCAAAGCCCCACUUCCCUCCGUGGUAUUCACAAAUCCUCUCGUGGUUGAGGUCCUUGGCAGUGGUUUUGAGAAGCCGCCCAACGAAAACUUCUAUAUGUUACGGCAUCCGCGCGUCCUCAGAACUCACAUGGACCGCUCAUGGGAAGAUUGCAUUACUAUGGAAGGUCUCGCUCAAACCGCUCGCGAAGCAAAAGAAGCUCCGCCGGACGACGAUCCACAGGACAUACGAGACAAGGUCAAGUAUUACAUGUCAAAGCUCAGCCGAUCGCGUGACGGCAGCAGCCUUGACUCGAGGAAGACUACUACCACCCUGCUGGCGACUCUCAAAGAUGUAGGCCGUAACUAUACCUCUGUCACGCCGAGUCCUGCAAUAAUCUCCAAUCAGUCAAAAGCGCUGCAGCACUCUGCAUCAAGUGAAGCGUCCGUCAAAACGCCGAGCCCUGCGACAGCUCUCAUCAAGGCCAGGCGCACCACGGUAAAUCCCAUAGUCACUGCCAACUUUGCAAAGGGAGUCACGCCUGUGUCUCCGCAGUCGACACAAUGGACCCAGACUAUUGUUACUUCUCCCGUUUCAGCCGGACAUCCCGCCCAUCGAACAUUGUCCACCAUUUCACCACCAAAACGAACUUUUGCUGCAUCAGAUGCGGUUCCUCCUGUCGCAAUAAGGUUUAAUUCUGCAAAGGCACCACCAGCACGAGCAGAUUCCGAAGUCUCACCAUAUAGCGAUGGCCCAAACACCACGCGUCUGAGACAGCCGCAGCCGCAGCCACACCUGCUUCAAAGCCCCAUUCAGAAACCACCUGUAAAAACCCUAACGGAGAGACAUGGUAGCAAUAAGGAUAUCUCAGUGGGCGACGAUGCAGCCGGAGAGAAGUUGUCAUUAUAUGAAGAACGAGAAGCAAUUAGCUUGCAACAACACAUCAAUGGAUUAAGGAGACAAAACUCGAAGCAGAAUCCAUCCAAGAGACACAAGACCAUGCGACCAGAUUUGAGGCCGCACGCGUGUCCUCCUAGCGAAAUUACAGGUUCCUGUUCCAGCUCUGCCUUUGCACAUUCUCGCAUUGCAGCACCGCUGAAGAGCGCGAUGGCCAAGGUUUCCCCCGGGCAGCAAAAAGAUGCCGAAGACAUCAUUUCGAAACAACGCACCUUGAAGAUGACUGUAUCUACAGAGAGGAGCACGGAGCCCGAAGAAGGGCUUCCCACGCGGCCGCAUUAUACUGGUGCUUCGGCAUAUAUGCUCCCGCCAAUUCCCAUGUUGGCCGGCCAUCCUAUGCCAACACCUCCUCAGUCUUCGCCAGAUGGCCCGAUUUCCAAGGGUAACAUCUCAGCUACAACCCCACGAUCGCUUUUUGCAAGCCCUCCAUCUUCUUCACCCCCGUAUCCACCAACUGCAGCAACACCACCAACUAUUAGCGGCAAGGAAAAUACCCAAUUCACAUCAAAAACAACAGGAAUCAACAGACUCGAUAGCACAGCUCUGCGAGUCCCCACAGAGACUCCUGGGAGAGGACUGAAACGUCCCGCCACCGGCUCGGUCGACGACUUUGCCAUAGGCGCUACCCCACGCAAGAUUCCCAAAUGGCGCUCCUCCGUCUAUGCUCGCCCCAACCUUCCAGCAUCAAUUCCCACCAACAAAAGCAACGGCUGCCGCAAUACCAGCACAUCCACUACUGCCGCCAAACCGUCCUCAUCGACUUUCGACCACAAGGCCAUCUUUACCAGCCCCAAUACACCCCCUCCCCUUCCAAUACCAUACAACCUCGCUCAAACUGUCAUCUACCUCGCACCCUCCCUCCGAAAACGCCACUACCCUCAUCACCCGCUUCACAACAUUCUGGUAGAACACUAUUCGCCCCACGUCCCAAUCAUCAUUAAUAACCUCGAGCACUGGCGCCGCGGGGAUGGCUUGCAGACGCAGUACGAAAGUCAAGGCAGCACCGUCCCCGAGAGCCAAGCAUACGACGGGUAUGACAGGAUCGCUCUAGUCGAUCCGACGAUGGAAGAUGAGUGCAAGGAGGUCGUCCAGGGGGUGGAGGGGCUUAUUGGCGCAUUGGGUGGCAGCGGGAGAGCCAAGGAGGGAUCAGUGGGGCUGUUUGAUUGGAGAGUGUUGGAGGAGUUGGUGGAGGCGGCGGGUGAUGAGGAACGGGAGAAGGGCGUUUGGAUGCGGAGAUUGCGGGGUGCCGUGGGGAUGGUACGCUCAUGUUAG